CUCGCGCUGGCGGAUGAAUGUUGCGCGUGCUGCGGCUCUUGUCACUCAUUCGCUGUGCUGCUCGGAGCGCAUUCUGUGUCAACGGCUGUGGACCAAUUCAUGAUAUCACAGCAACCUGAAACAGGGACAAAGCAUCGUAGUCAUUUAGAUAAUAACUGAACCAACUCUACCUAUUCUACACGGAGCAUACCUUUGGAAGACAUUGCAAUGCUUCAGAUACGGGAUCUCAUUUGGACAUUGCUUUUCUUUGGUUAUGCAGCUGCCUUGCAAGUGGAAAUCACUCCGGCCCAAGGAGAGAUCAGCGUGGGAGAGUCCAAAUUCUUUUUGUGUGAAGUUGUUGGAGAUGCUAAGGAAAUAGACUGGUUUGCUCCCAAUGGGGAGAAGCUCCUGCCAGGCAGACCAGACAUCAGCGUCAGCAAGAAUGACGAGUCCUCGUCGACGCUCACAAUCUACAAUGCCAACGUCGACCAUGCGGGCAUGUACAAGUGUGUGGCGAAAAGCGGGGAUAAAGAAUCUCAGGGCACUGUCAUCGUGAAAAUUUUCCAGAAACUCACUUUCCAAAAUGCUCCAUCGCCUCAAGAGUUCAAUGAAGGGGAUGAUGCUGACAUCAUCUGUGACGUCAUCAGCUCGCCGCCCCCAACUAUCAUCUGGAAGUAUAAAAAGAUGAGAAUCCAGCCUGAGACUGAUGUCCGCUUCAAGGUCUUGAGCAACAACCACCUCCAGAUCCGAGGCAUCAAAAAGACAGAUGAGGGUGACUACACCUGCGAGGGCCGCAUUAUGGCCCGGGGAGAAAUCGACCUCAGGGUCAUCAAGGUCAUUGUCAACGUUCUGCCAAGUAUCAGGACCCGCUACACUGAGCUUAAUGCCACUGCAGACAUCAACCAAGCCGUGACGUUGGCCUGUUACGCAGAUGGCUACCCAGAACCCACCGUCACGUGGGCCCGAGGUAAUAUCGUACUGGAGUCAGAAGGAAAAUACAGUCUGAAUGAAGACGGGUCGGAGUUGACCAUCAAAGACGUCACUAAGCUUGAUGAAGGAGAUUAUCAGUGCAUCGCUAGAAACAAGGCCGGAGAGCGGAGCGAGGAAGUCUCACUCAAUGUGUUUGUGCAACCCAAGAUCACGUUUUUAGAAAACCAGACAGCCUCUGAAUUGGAGGAGCAGAUCACAUUAACUUGCGAGGCCACGGGUGAUCCCACUCCAAACAUCAUCUGGAGCUUCGGUCGACGAGUCUUCACCGAGAAUGAGCAGGCUUCAUGGACUCGACCUGAGAAGCACAAGAGUCUGGAUGGGAACGUGAUCGUGCGCAGCGAUGCCCGUGUGUCCUCUCUAACUCUGAAAUACGUGCAGUUCACCGAUGCCGGCCAGUACCUCUGCACUGCCCGCAACUCCAUUGGUCAGGACAUCCAGAGCAUGUACCUGGAAGUGCGCUAUGCUCCGAAGAUCCAAGGCCCUGCGGCGGUGUUCACCUGGGAGGGUAAUCCGGCUAACAUCACCUGCGAGGCCCUCGCUCACCCAGCCGCCUCCGUUUUGUGGUUUCGUGAUGGCCUGCUGCUGCCUAGCGCUAAUACCACCAACGUCAAGAUCUACAACACUCCUGCUGCCAGCUUCCUGGAGGUCACUCCAGAGUCCCAGAACGACUUUGGCAGUUACAACUGUACGGCUACGAAUGUCAUCGGCACAGAGUCAAAGGAAUUCAUUUUGGUCCAAGCAGAUGUGCCUUCGGCCCCCUCUAUCGAGCGUGUGGAGCCGUAUUCCAGCACAGCGAUGGUGGAGUUUGAUGAGCCUGCCUCCAGUGGAGGAGUGCCUAUUCUCAAGUACAAGGCUGAAUGGAGGAUAGCAGGCCAAGACUGGACUGACAGAGAGUACGAGGCUGAGGAUGGUCUCAACCAGGUCACCAUCACUGGGCUGAAGCCAGAGACCGCGUACGAGGUCAAGAUAUCAGCCAUCAACGGCAAGGGUGAAGGAGAAAGCAGCCCUCCUGAGAGCUUUAAAACCCAACCUGUCCGGGAACCUAAUCCUCCUAAACUGGAGGCUAAGCCAGUGUCCACAGGCAACGAGAUGAAGGUCCACUGGAUCAAGCAGGACGAUGGGGGUUCUCCCAUCAAACACUAUCUAGUGCGCUACAGAGCUAAGAAUCGCUCUGACUGGAAGCCGGAGAUCCGCCUGCCCAGCGGCAGCGAAUACGCCAUUCUGCAAAGUCUGGAGUGGAACACGGAGUACGAGGUCAACGUCAUUGCCGAAAACCAGCGAGGACGAUCUGCACCCGGCGUCCUCUCCUUCAGGACCUUGCCAGAGCCCACCGCCAUUCCAGAAGAAAGUAAGUCACAUACGGUUAUGGAACAACAUAAAGAAACCAGCUCAGGGUUGAGCACCGGAGCUAUCGUGGGCAUCCUCAUCGUGGUCUUCAUCCUGCUCCUCUUUGGUGUGGACGUCACGUGCUACUUCCUCAACAAAUGCGGGCUCCUCAUGUGCAUUGCCGUCAACUUCUGUGGCAAGUCUGGGCCCUCUGCCAAAGGGAAGGAUAUUGAGGAGGGAAAAGCCGCUUUCAGUAAGGAUGAAUCUAAGGAGCCCAUUGUGGAGGUAAGGACUGAGGAGGAACACACACCAAACCAUGAAGGAGGAGGACCCACCGAACCCAAUGAAACCACCCCUCUGACCGACCCUGAGCACGCUGCUGACACCACAGCAACAGUAGUGGACUUGCUCCCCUCUGUAACCACUAACUCAGACCCCGGCACUGACAGUCCUGCUAGCGAUAGCACCACCCUUACCUCAAGCACCGCCCCUGCGGCCGAGCCUAAAGCGGCCCCUAAAGCCACCCCCCAAUCCAGCACCCCCAAACCUAGCGUCACCUCUCCUACUUCCCCACAAGCUGCUCCUGCAGCCGUGGCCCCUCUGGUGGACCUGAGCGAUACGCCCUCCAACCAGACCUCAAAGCCCUUAGAUGAUUCAACCCCUGCAGAUCUGGCCAAAGCCGACGGCCAGAGCCCGGCUGAGCCGGCCAGUGCCCCCCAAAGUAAGGACUCUCAGGUACAGGGAGGAGCCCACCAGACCACAGAUAGUGACCCUGCCAAGGAAGCGCUGGGCAAGCCCUCCAGCGACUCCUCCAGCGCACCGUCCGCACCCAACCAGGACGAUGGUAAAAUCAUUGUAGAUGACAAAAGUAAAGCGCUGGAGACGGAGGCAAACAAAACCCCGGCGGAGGUGAAGACAGUCCCCAAUGAAGCCCCCCAAACGAACGGCAACGAGAGCAAAGCAUGAUCCGAAAUCGGCGAGCGCACGACAGUCGCAGACAGACAGCACCACACCACCACCACCAUCACAUCUCAAAUACAAGGGUUUCUUUCUUCAGUGUCUUUGAGUUUGCAGAACAAAACACGUCUGUAGAUGUAUAGAGCGCCUAAAGUGCUCACACAUGCCUUUUAUUUUGUACUUUUCGAUUGUUUUUACUAUUGAAAUGUUUUCUUUGAUCAACGCAAGAAGGAAAGAUUCUUUACCUCUAGCGCAGUCUCCUUGACCUCUGUAAGAUCAGUGUCUUUCGAGAAAAUUCAGUAUGAGAUUUCACCUUCACACAAUCAACCCACAGUGCUGCGUUAAGUCCCGUUUAAUUACAUGCAGUAUUGCCAUUGUUAUUGUCUGCCACAUAUUAAUUUUCAAGGAACAUUUUUGAUGUUUUAUGUGUUUAAAUGUACAAAAGCAACCGCCUUUUAUUUUAUUUUCACAUUGUUUUUUAGAGCUAGCGAUAGAUUUGUAGCAUGCUUGCUUUGCAGAAUUAUUUUUCUAUACGUCCUCUUUUUUGUUUUAUCCAAGAAAUUUAUUCUGAUGUCCCUCUAGCAAACCCGACACAAACGAUUACGCAGGGUAGAGGUCUGAACUAGCGUUUAAGGUUAUACUGUACAAAUCACCACUACUACCUUUUCUUAUUUUGUAUGUUCUUUCAUAUUACAACACAUCCUAUUUUCACUGAACCUCAGAGUUUCUUCUUUACUUUAGGUUUUAAAUGAAAGAUGGAGAGUCAAAGAGGUCUCCCAUCCCGCAAGUCAUUUUAAAAAAACAUUAGGAACAACCUGGAGCUCUUAGAUAUGGAUCAAACGGCUGCUUGAGAGAAUACAGUACAAUACAGUGCUGCGUUACAUGCGGAUACAUCUGUUACUCAUGUGCGUAACGCUUGCGGGACGUCCUAUAUGAUGUCUGCCUGUUGCUCCCAUAGUACACUGUAAAACGUUUUUACCAGUUUCAACUUAAAAACUUAAGUUUAGCAGCCGCCUUAAAAUUUUAAGGUAAAUCAACUUAAAAGUACAAGUCAUUUUAACUCAUUUUAUGGUAAUGAGUUAAAAUGAUUUGUAGUUUUAAGUAGAUUUAUCUUAACAUUUUAAAGGAGAAGUUUACUUCCAGAACAAAAAUUUACAGAUAAUGUGCUCACCCCCUU